AUGGAAGAAAUCCCAGCUUACGACCGCGAUGUUCUCGUUCGCUGCCUCACGCGUCACUACGAGACGCUCGUGCGUAUGGGAUAUAUGGAAGAUUCGAAUAUUCAACGCCCACCACCUGGAGGCUGGGGCGACCAAAUUGACGCUAAAUCCCUUCGUAUCAUGGGCCGAAACGAGACGGUUAUUGACCUCUUACGACACCUUCCAUACCUCCAGAAAGACUACCCGAUCAUGCCCGACACCGAGCCGAUACAAUAUCUUGGUAUGAUGUGGGAUGAUACUCUUGCCGACAAGAUAGCAGUGAAUAAAUCCCUGUCAAAAUUCUAUCCCCCCCUCAUGCCGUUUGACGAUGAACCAGAACCUGGAAUGAUUUGCUUGACCUACGGCCGUGGCUCAACUGACUGGUUGAUUGAUACUAAAAAAGGCUACGUGUACCCCUGCGGCACCCAUUGGGAGGUGCAGAGAACUCAAGAGGACCCACCAUGGUUAUGGUACAAUCCUGUUGCUAUCGAGAAGUACUUUAACGAAAUGCAUCAUAAAUUUCUUUCUCUCGACCUAAUUCCUUUGCCCGGCGUUAUUCAUCAGCGAAAGCGGGGAGAUCAGGACAUGUUAGAACAUGAAAUAUUCGAGGACGGCGAAGAACAAAUUAGGCCUGUUAAACGGAUCUUCCAAGAUCACGGAUGGCCCAACUUUGAGACAUUUUCAAAGGAAGAAUGUAUUAAGGCCGCGAACAUAGCCCGCCUGCAAGUCGUCGAGAAGUGGACUUUUCGGUGGGCCGAAGACGACAUAAUAAAGGCAGAAGCAUGUGGUGACAUGAUAGAAAAGGAGGAGGCUCAACUGAGGCUAAAGAAGGCGCGGAUUGAAUAUGCCCGUGAGUGGGAAUGA